AUGAAGAUUGUAAUUCUACUUCUUUCUCUCCUGGGACUGACAUUUUGCUUACCUGUUAACCAGUUUGGUAGACGGCUUGCUACCAGCAACAGCAGAGAAAUAUUACGGCUACAAAGAUACAAGGCCCAGGGAAACAUUCCACAGCAAACACAGCAAAGGCCACAUCCUGGGGUUGGACUGCCUCCAGCAAAGCUGGUUCCAGAUCAGCAGCUAUUAGCAAACCAAAUCCCCAAUGAGAUUCUCCCAUUUGAAUGGCCAUUUGCAAAUUUCCCUGUGUUCGCUCCACAAAACCGACUGGAGUUGGGAAGUCCCAAAGCACAGAAUGCUCCUGGCUUCAAUGUACUACCAUUAACCCAAAUGGUUCCAAUGGACAUCAAUGCUCUUGCUGUCCUAUUAGGAGCAUUAUCCACAGCACAAAUACAGCAACAACUGCUGCCACCACAACCAAUGCUUCCAAUUAUAUUUACACAAAUGGGACCUCAGGGCACAGUCCUCAGUUCUGAAGAAAUGCCAACUUCACAAGUCUUUGCUGGGUUUCUUGUCCCUGGAACACAAGGCGGAUUGUUCCCUCCAGGCCAGGCCUCCCUCCCUGAAGGUCAAGAAGGACUGUUUCCAGCAAGCCAAGCUGGAACCAAUCCAGAGAACACAGCAGCAGGCAUCCAAAAGGGAUCCCCAACAACUGGAGAUGGCCUGAAUGAGGCUACAAGUGGGUCCUAUCCAACCCCCUCUGGUUUCAGACAGCCAGGUGUGGUGACAAAUGAAGUGUUUGUAGAACCAACUGUUGGCAUAAAUAUGGAGCCAAGUGAACUUCGAGAACCACCUACAUCUCUUGUCAAACUUGAUAAUGGUAAUAAUCAGAAGCACCAAAAUCUGUCUCAAUCACCUGUGAGAGGAGAUAGUCACAUGCCAAUAAAUACCACAGAGAGUAAGCCCUUAAAAGCACCAUAA